AUGAUUGCCAAAGAUAUCCCUUCGCUUCCAAUGGGAGAUUCCCCAGAUCUGAUCCUGGUCCCUGCCACUCCAUCGGAGCGAAUCGCCUCCAUCAAAUUGAACAGUAUCGCCUGGAAAGGACCCCUGGACAUCGACACUUACAUUGCGCGCGAGAACCAUCUUCUGGAGCAGCAACUGACUCGCGAUGGUCUGACAUGCUGGAUCCUGGUAGAUCGUACGGAGCCCGAAGGUACUCGCACCAUCCUUAGCUCCUGCGAGUCUUAUCGGAAGAAGGCACUCCUAGCGCAUGAUGGCAAGGUCGAGGAAGUCGGCACUCAUGGUAUCGGGAGUGUUUACUGUCGGCCUGAGUUCCGGGGGAAGGGCUACGCGAAGCGUAUGCUCGAGGAAUUGAGUACUAAGCUUGAUACGUGGAAGAUGGAGAACGAGGCUAGGGGCAGGGCGCUGUUCACUAUCCUUUUCUCGGAUAUUGGAAAGAAAUUUUAUGCUCAGUUUGGGUGGCGGCCUUUUGUGUCAUCCCAUUUGGCGUUGCCAGCUGCCCAAGGGGGCGGGGCGGGCAAGACGAGGGCGUUGUACGUGGAGGACGUCAAGAGCAACAUGUGUAAUGAGGUGGUUCUUGCUAAGCUCCGAGAUCAAUUGCAAGCGGCGUCGCAGAAGUCCACUGGUGCAAAGGUCGCCAUUGUGCCUGACUAUGAUCAUUUUGUAUGGCACUGGGCUCGAGAGGAGUUCUUCGCUGAGAACAAGUGCUCGCACCGCUCGCCGCCUAUUAUCAAGGGCGCUGGAAAUGACGAGGCUCGUGUGUAUUGCGCGUGGAACAGAAACUUUGGCGAAGAGCCCCAGGACAAUGUCUUGUACAUUCUGCGAUGGGUGUACGAUGAGCCCGCGACCCCAGAGGAAGAGCAGAAGUUGGUUCAAGCCAUGGCUGGUAUAUUGGAGCGGGCUCAGCAGGAAGCACACGAUUGGAACUUGAACACAGUCGAGUUCUGGAACCCGACACCACUGCUGCAGAAGGCCGUCACUUUGUUGGAUCCAGAUGCGCAGCUGGUGCACCGCGAGAAGAGCAGUAUUUCCAGUUUGCGUUGGACUGGUGCUGAAUAUGGACUUGGUAAAGAUGUGGAGUGGUUUUUGAACGAGAAGUACACUUGGUGCUAA